AUGAUGCGAUGGGCCGUCGACGUGACGGGCAUCGAUGUCUCCGAGGACUUGGAGCGAGAGCAAAAAAAGCAUGUCUACCAGGUUCCACGCACUGCUAAUGGUGAAUCGUGGCACGCGGUGGAUGAUUGGCGACCCAACACGAACGAGUACAGCGACGAGUUAGGGAAUGUUUGGGCACUGACCCGGGACGAGGUGCAGGAUGCGAUCGUGGAGCGGGCGCUGACGGCCACCGCCGUCUUUCGUAAUAUUGGAAGGCCCUUAACAGGCGCCCUGCAGCGCCAAGGAUCUAUCGCCAUGGCACCCGGCUACGCAUCCCAAAUACGCGGCAGUUGCGGUCGAGGGCUGCAGUGGGACGGGGUGCUGAGCAAUGCCCAGAGCACGGCCUCGAACGAUUUUGCCUGCGACCUCGUUCCUUCCACACGCGAGGUGCGCGUGUUUAGCACGUUUCUCAACGCUGAAGGCAAGCGCACGACUGUAACGGUGAAUAUGACGCAGCCGGCCUACCGCGGCGUUGACGUCGUGGCAGCGUUCUUGCAGCAGGCCGUGUCGACGAAUGAGUUGCUCUCGCAGCGCUACUCGACGAACCCGCGCCUGUACAAGCUGUUCAUCGCUGACGAGUACACGGGCGAGGAGGAGAUGGCGGCGCAGCUGGACCUCGGUGCACAGAAUUUUUCCUGCUACGCCGUUAACCCGAUGCCGGCGGCGAAGCUAUUUCUCUUUCCGCAGCGCACAGCCCUGCUUAAUACGACAACGCGCGACGUCAACUUGACUGUGCAGGUGCGCCCAUUAGACCCGCAGGCAAAGGCAGUGCAGCGACAGUGCGUCGUGCCGGCCGACAUGCUCUCCGAGUCGUUGGAGGCUACCAUCUGUAGCCGUCUGCCAGCCAGCGGGAUCAUUCAGGGGUCUCUGCGUAUCAUGCAUGGGCCGAUGGAGCUGAACAUUAAUGAGUACUACAAUUUCGGCGCCGGCUGCGGUCAGCCAAACUGCCCCAUCGCCGAGCGCACCGUCUUGUCCCUUUUCCGGUUUGGCGUUCGGGAAGUGGUGGUGAACGGCCGUGCCGUCGAGGAGGCCCCGACAGAGGUUCUGCGCGACUUGACAGAGGACAUCAUCAUUGACAUGGAUGUUGAUGAGGCAGUAUCCUUCCAGCAGUUCGAGGUGAUUUGCAUCAACAAGUACGGCGCACGACAGCAGCGGCUGCUCUGUGUGGAUGGCGAGCACCUCUACACAAUGCGUCCGAACGCGUCGGAGGCGCUGCCCAAGACGACGGAGCGGACGAUCAAGGACAUUGAGGAAGUGCGCGUCUUCGCCGACAAGCCCAAGUACAUGGAGAUCGCCUACACAAAGAGCUCCCACUUUGAGGAGGACCACUUCGAGUGCACGACAACGUACAACUGUGCGCUUCUCAAUGAGAAGAUCCGCAUUGUGCGCCGCGAACUGCGCAAACGCGAGGCAGAGGAGCAGGCGGCAAGCGUCAAGAACGAGACCGCGAUGCAGCGCUUCAUGACAGGGAUUCGCAGUCGGUGGUUUGGUGGGGCGUGA